UGUUAUCUAAAGAAUUUAUCAGGCUCAAAGUCUGGUCCAGGAGUGACUUAGAACUCCAUUCUAUCACUAUGAAGAAAAGUGGUGUUCUUUUCGUCUUAGGCUUCAUCUUGCUGGCUCUGAUUGGAGUUCAAGGAAACCUAGUAAUGAGGAAGGGUCGCUGUUCCUGUAUCAGCACCAACCAAGGGACUAUCCACUUACAAUCCUUGAAAGACCUUAAACAAUUUGCCCCAAGCCGUUCCUGUGAGAAAACUGAAAUCAUUGCUACACUGAAGAACGGAGAUCAAACAUGUCUAAACCCAGAUUCAGCAGAUGUGAAGGAACUGAUAAAAAACUGGGAGAAACAGGUCAACCAAAAGAAAAAGCAAAAGAAUGGGAAAAAAUGUCAAAAAAACAAGAAAGUUAAGAAACUUUGCAAAGUUAAAAAAUCUCAACGUCCUCAUCAAAAGAAGGCUGCAUAAGAAACCACUUCACCAAUAAGUAUUCUGUGUUAAAAAUGUUCUAUUUUAAUUAAAUCGAGAUCAUUCCAAAGGAGGAUGGCAUGUAAUACAACGCUUGUUAAUUUGACUAGAAAAUUUAAAACAUUUCUCUGAAGUUAUAACUAAAGCUAGAAAGUUGAUUUUGAGAAUCCAAAUGUUAAGAAUUGUUAGAGGCCAUGAUUGUCUUUAUUCUUCUGCCACCUGCCAACUGAAUUUCAUCAUGCUUAAGGCCGUGAUUUUAGUAAUAUCCAUGUCCAGACAGAUGCUCAGACAACUGCAUCCCACACACAACAGCUGCCUGGAAGAGCAGCCCUAGGCUUCCACACACUGCAGCCUCCAGAGAGUAUCUGAGGCACAUGCCAGCAAGUCCUAAGCCUAUUAGCAUAGCAUGCUGGUGAGCCAAACAGUUUGAAAUUGAGCUGGACCUCACCAAGCUGCUGUGGCCAUCAACCUCUGGAUUUGAAUCAGCCUACAGGCCUCACAUAUAAUGUGUCUGAGAGAUUCAUGCUGGUUGCUGUUGGGUAUCAUCACUGGAGAUCACCAGUGUGUAGCUUUCAGAGGCCCCUUUCUGCCGUUGGAAGCCAUGUGAUUCUAUCUUGUCUGCUCAACGCUUUGUUAUUGUUCCCCUUUGCUUCAUUCAAGUCAGCUCUUCUCCGUCCUACCACAAUUCGGUGCCUGCCUCCUCUCCAGUGCAUAUGUUACAUGCUCUGAUUUAUCUGUGUCGACUCCUUUCUCACCUUGUCCCCAACACCCCACAGAAAUGCUCUCUUCUCCCUAUUCAUCCUCACUCAAGCCAGUCUUCAAGGCUUAGUUCAAGUCCUGCCUCUUACAUAAACCUUUCUGGACACAUAUAUUAUCUUAAAAUUCCUAUUUCACUUGGGUUCGUUACCACAUGGGUGAACAAUGAAUGGUUAACUAAUUCCUGUGUGUUUAUCCUAGCUCUCCAAACAGAUUGUCAGCUUCUUGAGGGCAAGAACCACGGUUUAUUUCUGUGAUUCUUCCACAGUGCCUAAUAAUACUGUGGAAUUAGGUUUUCAUAAUUUUUUAAUUGCUGUCAUUACAGGCAGGAGGGCAGUCAGACCAUUGUCUCAGAGCAGGUGCUGGCUUUUUCUGGCACCUCCAUGUUGGCUAGCCCCUGGUUAACCUCUUACUUAUUAUCUUGGCCAUUCACUGCAGGGACCAGGGAUGAUGUAACAUCCUUGUCUUAUUAUGACAGGAUAUUUACUUAGCUUCUCCAACAAUAAGAAGCACGUGGUAAUAAUAAUAAGGUUGCAGAUAUUCUGGACUGUUUUUAGAAAAUUAGAAAAUAUAGUUUCCCGAAAAUCACAGAAUCUUACAAUGAAAAGGGCUCUAAGAUCUGUCAGUGACCAACCUUUUCCCAACCAUACAAAAAUUCCUUCAGUGCCAUUCCCAGCAAGCUUCAGCUUUCUAUGAUCCAACAAGAUAGCUACCAAGAUCAUUUUCAAAACUUAUUUUAAGCAAAUAUGAAUUUUAUUGUCCACUUACUUGUUUUGCAGUUGUAUGGUGAUUAUCAAUUACCACACAAUCUCUCAUGAAGAAAGGGGACAGGGAGGUAUCAAGCACUAGAGGGAGCAGCCAGGUCAGUUAGUGGAGGUAUGAUUGGUGCCCAGUUAGCCUCUGCAGGACAUGGAAACCUCUUUCCAGAGAAGGUUCCGUGAAUUGUGUAGGAGAGGUUGUCUUUGGCCAGAAUUUAAACAUAUACUCACUUUACCAAAUUGUAUCACCCCUCACACUGCUGAUGAUUUAGAGUGCUGCAGUGGACAUCCCACCUGAAUGUCUUACCUAAUCAUGAAACUCCCUAGUCCCUUCCAUGUAACUUCCUUGAAAAAUCUGUUUCAUAAAUUUGAGAGUCUGUGACCCACUUACCUUGCAUCUCACAAGUAGACAGUAUAUAGCUAAUAACCAAAGACCACAUAUUUUCACUAACACACACAUUGUAAUCAUUUAUUACACACACACACACACACACACAUAUACUCUCAAAGCAAAUAAUUUUUAAGUUCAAAACAGUAUUGACUUGUAUACCUUGUAAUUUGAAAUAUUUUCUUUGUUAAAAUAGAAUGGUAUCAAUAAAUAGACCAUUAAUCAGAAAACA